UUGCCCUUGGCGAAGGCAAAUAGUUCUGCUCUCCUCUCGCACAGAUGACCUAAACGCCAUUUUUGGCAGGCGUUGCCGGAUCUCCGGUGGCAGUGCAAUUGCAACGCAGUGGCAGCACCAAGCGUUUGCUUAAGAGAAAUUUCUGAGCGUUUUCGGGGGAAAAUACGUUUUAAACGCUUCGCCGAAAGGGUGUGCGCUGCUAAACAUUAAAACACAGAUAGUGCAGUAAUUGAUAAAGGAGAAAAGCCGAAAAGUGAGUGUGUGCGGAUGAGAGCUCGCGAGCUGCUAAUUAAAUUAUAAAACAUACAGAAGCGUUAAAGACGGUCCAAACCAAGCCCACAAUCCCCGCUCGUUGGCCUAUUUUGCUAAAAAAGAGAAGGAACCCCGAAGAGAGAGUGUAAAGAACGGCUAAAAGCUUUCACCAAAUCUAGUUUUCCUGCUUGGACUCUCGCCCAGGAGCUCACUAUGUAGACUCAACCCCGAUCGCCAUCAUCAUCGUCAUCAGCAGCAGCAGGGGAAAUCUAAGCGAGAGCCAAAAUGUCUUUUAUAACCAACCUGAAAAAGGUCUUCCACCUCGGCGGAGGUGAGGCCAAAAAGAAGCGCCUUUACAACAACAUUAAGAUGGAUACGGACCCAGAGGAGUUCUGGGAAAUGGUUGGGGAACUUGGUGACGGAGCCUUCGGCAAGGUUUAUAAGGCCCAACACAAGGAGCAGAAGCGUUUUGCAGCUGCUAAAAUGUGCCAGCUGGAGGACGAGGAGAACCUCAGCGACCACAUGGUCGAGAUCGAUAUCCUAUCGGAGAUUAAGCACCCCAAUGUGGUAGAACUGUAUGAGGCCUUCUCCAUCGAUGAUAAGCUAUGGAUGCUCAUCGAGUACUGCGAUGGCGGAGCCUUGGACAGCAUCAUGGUGGAGUUGGAAAAGCCCCUGACUGAGCCGCAAAUUGCUUACGUUUGCAAGCACAUGACCGAGGGCCUAACCUUCCUGCACCGCAACAAAGUCAUUCACCGCGAUUUAAAGGCAGGAAAUGUACUGCUUACCAUGGAAGGAGGGGUUAAAUUGGCGGACUUCGGCGUCUCGGCCAAGAACAAACACACGAUGCAGAAGCACGACACCUUCAUUGGCACUCCCUACUGGAUGGCUCCGGAGCUGGUGCUCUGCGAAACGUUCCGGGACAACCCGUACGAUCACAAAGUGGACAUCUGGUCACUGGGCAUCACGCUCAUUGAGCUUGCCCAGAUGGAGCCGCCGAACAGCGAGAUGUCUCCCAUGCGAGUGCUACUCAAAAUCCAAAAGAGUGAGCCGCCCAAGUUGGAGCAGCCUUCCCGAUGGAGCAAGGAGUUCAAUGACUUUCUCAAGAAGUCUUUAGUCAAGGAUCCACAAGUGAGGCCCACGACGGAAGUGCUGAUGCAGCACGGCUUCAUCAACAGGAAUCUGGAUGCCAAGCCCAUCAAGGAUCUGCUGCUCGAGUACAAGGCUGAAGUCGUGGAGGAGGUGGUGGAUGACGAGACCGAGGAACCCCGCAACUCGGCGCUCCAGCUAGACCUGGACGAUGACUCUGCUUCGCUGCAGAGCCAAGAUAUUGACAAACUUCCAGGUACACCUACAUCCAUUUUGCGGGAUGCCAAAGAGCAGUCCCAACCAAGUAGCAGUUUACCAAUCGCAGCAGCGGCCACUGCAGCAGCAGCAACGGCUACAACCACAACAAAAGCAACCACUCCGGACAGACCAAACCACACAAAGGAUGACAAUGCUGAAGCGGCAGCCCAGCAGCCACCGCAUACCAAAGUGCCUGCUCCAGCGCCGCCGUCGUCCCAACAAACGCCACCACCGCAAGUCCAGCAGUCCACACCACCAGUCCAAGCCCCAGCGGCCGUGCUGCAAAAGAAACCAGAAGAAUUGGCAGCUGUAACUGAAGUAGCUGAAAAAACCGAAUCCGACAAGAAGCACUUUGUCAAAAAGGAAAAGGGCAAGGCGCCGCCCCCACCGUCUCCAUUGGGCCUUGCAAACGUCAAGCCAGCUGCUGCCACCGAUCCCCAGACAUCUCCCAAAAAGUUGGCCACGCCGGAGCCCGCCUCUCCAAUUACAACGGCCAUUGAGGUGGCCAUCGGCCAGGAAGCGGUGGAGCCAAAACCGCAACCGCCCUCGCCCACGGCCUCUUCCAUUGUGUCGGUCCACUCGGUGGCCUCUUCCAGCUCCUCGGGUAGUGCCUCAAACGCUGUUCUCAGCUCGAGUACUUCGCUGAUCACCAUCAACAGCGAUCCACCAACUCCGCAGCACCAACUGCCGUUGCCAACGCAACCGCAGCACUUGGUUCUUCCCAACAGUUUGGAGUCGGUGAGCCAGAUCACCGUGGUGACCAGCACCCAUCCGCCGGUGAUUAUUGACAACUCUGUGAUGCCGGCGCAGAACGAGGUGAUCAUCGUGUCGAACGACCUCAACAAGAGUACUCAUCUGCACGAGUCCUCGACGGACGACGACUUCCCCUCCUUGGACGACAGCUUGGGCGAUGCUAGCACUCCGCCUCACAAGCAGUCCUCAAUGAUAUUGGCCGUAAAUGAGCCAGCGGGAGCGGUUCCAGCUCCUCCGCCGCAGCCGCAAAACUCCGCCGUCCACGCCCGCAAGCUGGACGAGAGCGAGGUGCUGAUCGUAAGUCCCUCGUACGCGGACGACGACUCCGCCUACAACACGGCAUCCGGCAGCCACAGUCACGAGCACAGCGACCACCUGAUGGACACGAGUCAUGUAUCCGUGGUCACCGUGGGCGACGAGGGCGUUAAGGUGAAGGACAGCAGCAACGAGCUUGGCAAGCGACAGCCCAACGGACUGGGACUUGUGCCAGAGGACGUGAACAUCGUCGUGAACCGAUUCAAGCACGAUAAGCGCUCGCCGGACAGCUCGCUGAGCGAGAACGGCUCGGUGCGUGGACGUCGGGGCAUCGAGGUGCUGGUAAGCGGAGGAUCCGACGUGGACAGCAUUGGCACCAACACUAGUCAAGACAGCCGGCACGAGGUGGACCACAAUAACAAACAGCCUUUGCAACCACCAUCGGCCGUGCUGAUGCCCCCGCCACCUCCCUCGGUGACCAACAACCACAACCACGAGACCAUAGACGAGGAGGAGGAGGUGGUGAUCCGACCCAAGGCGAGGGUUCCGCCAGUAGUCAAGACCGUGAAUGCCCAGGGCCUCACUAAAGAGGAGAUUGAGCUGCGCAACCUGCGCAAAAAGACACGCAAGCGUACCCGGAAAUUUGAGAUCGAUGGCGUGCAGAUGACCACCACCACGAGUCGGGUGAUCUACGGCGACGACGAAAACGAACGAAUCUACGACGACCAUGACUUCCGUAAGCAGGAGCUGCGCGAACUGAAAAUGCUGCAGAAGCAGGAGAGGAAACAGCAGACGGAGCUGUACGUGAAGGAGCAGCAGGCCAAGGAGCAGCAGGACCGUCGCUUUGAGCAGGAGCGGUCCUCGCUGGAAAAGACCUACGAGGCGGACAUGGACAUGCUGGCGCGGCAGCACAAGCAGCUGGUCGAAAAGACGGAGCAGACGCAGGAGAACGAGCUGCGCUCCUCGUCCAAGCGAAUUCGCUCAGAACAGGAGCAGGAACUGAAGAUUUUCCGCGAAAACCUCAAACAGGAGAUUCGCCUGCUCAAGCAGGAGGUGGACCUGUUCCCCAAGGACAAGCGCAAGGACGAGUUUAAGCAGCGCCGAUCGGCCAUGGAACUGGACCACGAGGAGAAGGAGCGCGCCUUCCUUGACUCCCUUAAGGAGAGGCACGAGCUGCUGUUAAGGCGACUUAGCGAGAAGCAUCGAGACCACCUGGCCACCAUCAAUCGAAACUUCCUGCAGCAGAAGCAGAAUGCGAUGAGAACGCGGGAGGCCCUGCUUUGGGAACUCGAGGAGAAACAGCUCCACGAACGCCACCAGCUUUCCAAGCGGCAUGUGAAGGAACUCUGUUUCAUGCAGCGCCACCAGAUGAUCAUUCGGCACGAGAAGGAACUGGACCAGGUAAAGCGCAUGCUGCAGCGCAAGGAGGAGGACAUGGUUAAGAAGCAAACGAUGGAAAAGCGAGCACUUCCCAAGCGAAUUCGGGCAGAGCGCAAGGCACGAGACCUCAUGUUCCGUGAAUCCCUACGUAUUUCCACAAACCUCGAUCCGGAGAUCGAACGCGAUCGAUUGAAGAAGUUCCAGGAGCAGGAGAAGAAGCGCUACAUGCAGGAAGAGCGAAGGUUCGAGGUGAAGCAUCAAAAGCAAUUGGAAGAGCUACGCGCCACACGUGAAAGCGCCAUAAAAGAGCUUGAGCAACUUCAGAACGAAAAGCGAAGGGCUCUGGUGGAGCACGAGCACUCUAAGCUGUUGGAGAUCGAUGAGCGACUCAAGGGGGAACUGCGCGAGUGGCGUGAACAACUAGUGCCCCGCAAACAGGAACUGAACAAAAAGAUCAAGGUGGCCAUCGACGAGCACGAGAAGCGUUUUGGCCUGGUGGUCAAUCGGGAGGAGUUCGAGGAUCAGGAAGUGGAGUUGCCCGUGCGCUUGCGCAACAUUUACAACGAGCGAUCGUCGCGUCUGCUGCCGCGCAACACCUUCAUCGAUCCCCAGCUCAUGCCGCGCUCCCGGUCCUCGCUUCUGAUGAUGGGCGGCGGCGGCAGUCGGAUGUCCAACUUCCGUGGAUCGGCUCCUGAUCUUAGCCGCAGUGUGCCCAGCACACCGAUCCUCCAUAAGCAGCAGCGAUCGCAGAUGAUCAGUGAUCUUGUGCUGGAGGAGGAUGAGGAGCAGAUGCUAAGCGAGCAGAUGAAGCGGGCCAGCGUGACCACGCUGCCUGCGCAGAACCAGCUGCGCCUCAUCACACAGCUCCCGGCCAACGAGCUGGUCAAGGUGGUGACCACAACUCCGCCGCUAAACAGCGCGGAGGAUGCGAGCGCCAAGCCGGCCAUGAGCACCUUCCGUGGCAGCACGUCGCCCAAGACACCAGACGACCUGGGCCUCGUGACCAACCGGUUCAGCCGCUUGGACUCCAAGGCGGCGGCGGAGGCUAGUGGCGUGGAGCUGCGUAUUCACGAGGGACCCGUGCUGACUGCCCACACGCAGCGCCUGCUGCACACCACCUCUUUUGCCAUCAAGCGACCCUCACUGGCUAGUCGCAGCAGCGGCAGAUCCUCGCUGAGCAGUGCCCAAUCGAUGUACAACAUAAACGAGCUGAGCACGCGAUUCACAAGCGAUGCGGACUUGAUCUUUGACUCGGGACGAAAGGCAGCCGCUCUGCUGGACGAAGUGCAGCCGGGGCUGAGGUCCUCCGUUAAGCCGGGACACAGUCGCACCAACGGAAGCGUUGCUUCGGCGGACUCGGCCGCCACCUCCGAUGACUUCUACUACGAUCUGUACGCGGCAAAGUACAGAUUGCCACGAGUCAACCAGCGGCAGCACAGCUGCGAGGAGGACUCAUCGGCCAUCUAGAAGAAGGCGAAGGAUGACCGCGAUCAGCACUUGCCACGUUCCAGCAGCCAGUUUCCUGCAUGCACCGCAGUUACUAAACACUAACCAGUCAAUCAAUCCUAUACUCACACCUACUGAUACCAAACUAACCAGCUUUUCAUCCCUCGCUUGGUGCUGGCUAACUACACAUCCCUCGUAGUUUCCUUUCUUCUUCUUACCCAAAACCCUUCAUUGCGCUAACCGAAUUUGUAAAGCUCUUCUCGCCUACUACCGCUCUGCAUCGGAAAUCGCCAUACAUUCUGUCUUGCCAAAAGUUGAUAUGUUUGUUGAAAUUGCUAUUUUAUUGAACGAAAAGUGGAUUACUUGUUUGCAUAUUUUUAUUGUUAAAGUAUUUUCUUGACUUGGACCAGCCCUCCGCCUCCAAAUGCAUUCCAAUUAAGCAGUAUUAUCGAAGUACUUAGUAAACGAAAGUGAAUAAUAAAGAAUACAAUCGACAUUCCACUUAGCAACAUGCCAAGCAUUUGUGUAGCCAUAUCUUACUGUAAACAUUCUUAUAGCUAUAAACAUACAUAUAAAUAUUAUCAUAUUGCAAUUUCAUGAUGCUUCACUGUACACACCUACUUAAAAAUAAACACCCACAUGCAAACAACAA